GAAGUGGUUGGUCAUCUCAAAGUGCGAGAGCGAGGGAAAAGAGAGAACCCCCAAUCUCUCUCUUCUACCCCUUCAUGCUCUCUCCAAAACCCUAGCUUUCUCCUCCUCCCUCCUCCCUUCUACCCUUUCCUAGGGUUUCAAAUUCCCCACCCCCUCCACCAAUUCGCCCCAUCUCCUUGCAGGUUGCGGAUCGACAUGGACGAGGAGGAGCUCACGGCGCAAGAAACGGCCCUCUACGAUCGCCAGAUCCGAGUGUGGGGCGUCGAUGCGCAGAAGAGAUUAAGCAGGGCUCACGUACUGAUUAGCGGUUUGAGUGGUGCAACUGCUGAGCUUUGCAAGAACAUUGUUCUGGCAGGAGUUGGGAGUUUGACAUUGGUGGAUCCUCGUCCUGUUACAGAGGAUGCUUGUAAUGCGAACUUUCUUAUUCUUCCUGAGAACAUAAACGGUGGCAGAUCGCUAGCAGACGUCUGCUGUGAGUCUCUAAAAGAUUUCAAUCCGAUGGUUCGGGUUUCAGCCGAAAAAGGUGAGUAGAAAGAUAAAUGGUGCGUUACUUCUAAGCAACUAAACCAGUUAACUUUUCUGAAUUUCAGUAAUCUGGACUAUAAGCAUCUAUCCUCAUUUAUUUGGGGCGACA